UGAUGCUCUGGAAUGAGUAUUAGUUUACUGGGUAGUGUUUUUCUAGCUUCCUCUACAUCUUGCAGCACGCUAUACUGUCUGGCAACCCGGAAGCUCUGCCUCCCACUGAUUGAUUUAAUAAAACAGAGCAAUUUUGUAGAAACAGAAAGCUAGCUUGGUAGCUAGCUAGCUACUUGAGGAAAAAAAACCGUUUGAAAUUCGUUUUGUAUUGGGGUCACCCUGCUCAAAAAUAAUCUAAUGCGUACAACGCACCGCGGUCGACCAUCACGCUGUGUGAAAAGACAGCUCUAUUUUCUGCUCGGAGGGAAUAAUUAGUAUUUUGUGUGAGAGGACUGUUUGACAGUGAAAAUAUGGCAGAGCUACAUAUUGUUGAGCCGAGUGGUACUGGUACCAUAGAACAGACGGAACACCGGGAGAUCCGCGGAGCAGUUCGGCUCGCCUCUCCGACACUCAUGAUCCCACCGCGGAGCGGCUUGUCCAGCCCCGGGGUGUCGGCUAGAUCAGUGUUUGGAUUCCCCCUCAAGAGCAACCCUAGUUCCCCGUCCGACCAACCGGAGAAGCCAGGCUCGCGGUGGGUAAGGCUCAACGUUGGUGGCACCUACUUUGUUACCACCAAACAGACAUUGUGCAGAGAUCCGAAAUCGUUCCUGUUCCGUUUGUGCCAAGACGAUCCGGAUCUGGACUCGGAUAAGGACGAGACAGGAGCCUAUCUGAUCGACAGAGACCCCACAUACUUCGGCCCCAUCUUGAACUACCUCCGGCAUGGCAAGCUUAUCAUCAACAAGGACCUGGCGGAGGAAGGUGUCCUGGAGGAGGCAGAGUUUUACAACAUUGCGUCUCUGGUACGGUUGGUCAAGGAGAGGAUAAGAGACAACGAGAACAGGACAUCCCAGGGCCCAGUGAAGCAUGUCUACCGGGUGCUGCAGUGCCAAGAGGAGGAGCUUACCCAGAUGGUCUCCACCAUGUCCGAUGGCUGGAAGUUUGAGCAGCUCAUCAGCAUCGGGUCCUCCUACAACUAUGGCAACGAGGAUCAGGCGGAAUUCCUCUGUGUGGUCUCCCGGGAGCUCAACAACUCCACCAAUGGCAUUGUGAUCGAGCCCACCGAGAAAGCCAAGAUUCUUCAGGAGCGAGGCUCCCGGAUGUGAGAAUCGCCCAAGGCCUAAACGUCCCAUCGCAGAUGUUCCGUUCCUACAGCUUUUUCAGAUCCCUCCACUCCACCAAUCACGCGUCUCUCCAAGAACCACGGUCCCAGCUCUGCAUGGUUGCCUCUCCUAUACCC